CCCGACAUGCCGCGACGAAUUUACCGAACCUCAUGAGCAUGACCGGUUGACGACGCCCAUGGACUCACUACAACGACGGCAAAGCAACACACCCACAAGGAGCCAGAAGCGACCCUCGAUUAACGUAGCACGCAGCAUCACUGAUCCAGCCAUUAUCGCAAGUUCAACAGAAACGCAACGAACAGCACAUCGAGCAGAGCGCUGCUGUCGCCAGCCUUCCCCUCACGCCCGAGAAGCAAGCAAAUCUGGACAGGGCGAUGCGGUGGGUGGAGAAGGGGAUGGCGUACGCGGACGAGCACGGCACUCGCCCGGCGACAAUUUCGCUGGUGCUCAUGACAAAUUCGCUCGCGUUGUUGGCCUGGAUGGGUGAAAAGUUCAUCUAGUGGACUGACAAGCCGUAUCCCAUUCCGCUUAACAUCAUCCUGACCAUGACAUCCUUCUACUGGUUCACCGACUCGUACGAGCGGGCUAUGUGGGCGUACAGACAGCUCAUGUGUGUCGUGGACGGCGACUUCCCGGUUCUUGCCGGUUCUGUCGCAAACCGUUUGGCUACUCUUCAUUCCCCGUUGAGCUUGGGCUCUCCCGCGGGCAUGGGCCGAGCAUCUGUUUCCGAAUCUGGUGUUUUACAAGACCCAUGACAAAGUCAGUCCAGGUGGAAGCAGCCGACGUGAGGUGGAUGAUAGGAUGAACCGCCG